AUAGUCAACUCAAGAUCGAUAACAAUUGCGUGAGAACAUGAUCAAUUUACAUGUGUGAUCUGCUAUGACCUGGUACUUUUCAACAGUCAUUACUUCAGUUUUUAUUCAUGAAUACUUCAAACUCCUAUUCAAAGUUUUACAAGAGGGGACAUUUGAGUUUUCAAAUUUUUUGUUGUGCACAUUGAAUGUCUCGCGUUUUAAGAAUUUCCAUUAUGCAUACAGAAAAUCGAUUACGCUAUGUAGAUGCUAACGUCCUUCUACAAUAAUAAAACAGUCAGUCUACAUCUUAUAUUCAGUAUGAUAUCACCAAAAUACUUCACGUCUCAAAGUACUUCUCAUCGCAAAUAUUACGAAUGGGCAGUAAAGCUACAUCAAUGUAGUCUAGAGAUCAUCGGACUUUGGUCUAAAUCUGGACAAACUACAUGGGAAAAGCAUAUGUGCAAUUUACGUGCGCUACUCACUUUCUUAAUGCUCAUGUUUGUUGUUGUGAUUCCUGCUAUACAUUCCAUGAUAAGAGUCCAUUCCGACAUUUUACUACUAUCAGAUAAUCUGCAGUUUACUUUACCAGCCACCACUUGCGUAAUAAGACUUGCAAUCUUUUGGUGGAAGAAAGAAGCUGUCACAUCGAUAAUAGACAUGAUUGAAAACGAUUGGUUAAAAACAAGAACAUCUCAGGAAGAAGCAAGAAUGGUCGCAAGAGCGCAAAUUGCACGCAUUAUCAUUAUAUCUGCAUAUAGUUUAAUGGCGAUAGCUUAUAUUGUUCUAGUUAUAUUGCCCAUAUGUGGCUACUCGGUGAGAUACCAGCCUAAUAAUACUGAUCUAGGAAGACCAUUUCCAUUAAUGGCACAUUACGUUUAUGAUACAAAUAAAAGUCCACAAUAUGAACUAACAUAUACUGUUCAAAGUAUUGCUGUGUUCUACAAUGUUUUGUGUUAUACAGGCAUAGACAAUUUUCUUAGUCUUUCAGUAUUCCAUAUCUCUGGACAACUGGAUAUUCUGAAGAAUCGUCUAAUGCAUUUACAUACUGUUAAAAAUUAUAAUGACGUUUUAAAAAGUUGUGUUGUAGAACACUUGCGACUACUCAGAGCUAUUGAUCGUAUAGAAGAUAUAUUCCACGUAAUAUUGAUGAUAUUAUUUCUAUAUUUUGGUAUUCUUUUCGCUUUUUAUGGAUUUUGGAUAAUGAAUAUGCUCGAAACUGGACAACACAUAACAAUUGUUCAUUUGAUAUACGUUGUAAGCAUCGUUAUAAAUGCAGUUUGUCACAUGUGCUUGUAUUGUGCUGUCGGCGAAAUGUUAACAGCUCAGUGUGAUGGAAUCCAUUAUGCUGUAUAUUACAAUAAAUGGUAUAGUAUGGACUUAAAAAAUGCUCGAAACUUAAUUCUUCUAAUGAUAAAAACCAAUAAGCCUUUUCAUCUUAACAUUGGUAAAAUUUUUCCAUUGACAAUGGGUACAUUUUGUAAUCUAUUAAAAACAUCGGCGGGUUACGUAUCUGUGUUACUUACAACAAGGAAUCAAUCAAAACUUUAAAAUAAAUGCAAAUAAUUUCUGAUUUGAUGCUAAUUACAUAAUUUAGCAAAAAUUUGACCAAAGAGUUAGUAUUUAAUGAUAAUUCAAAAUAUAUAUAAUACAAAUGUAAAAAUUUUAGAUAGAAUUAUUGUACAUAUCAAAUUAAUUAAAUAGAAUAUAUCAUUGAUCAUUA